UYCAUGCCCUGCCUUCCACGAACAAAAAAGGCCGACCUAAGCUCCRCCCCCCUUCACACUCAAUCUCGCACCACUGCCGAACGAUUUCGUCGAAAAGCUAAGUCUGUACCGUACCUUUUUACAGUACCGGUACCUACGGUACCGUACGGCAAUCGUACCAACUACCGUACUGUUUUUGACUUUUCACAUUUUUCCCAAGGGGUUGUGCUGGACUGUCCACUGAUUAUUCCGGAUCCGCAUACCGGUACGUCGCAUCGAUUCUCCAGAGCCCGACAACAAGUUCACCAGAGUCACCCACAAAGGAAGGAAGGAAGAAAGGAAGGAACCGGCACCGGCACCGGCAUCCGCACCGGCAGCAAUGUUUCGUUCCAGGAAGCGGAAAAUCCACGCCUCCGCGAGCCGGAGGACGGCGCGAUCGUCGUCCCCCGAUCGAGAGCAAGACGCGGAAGGGGAGGCAGCUUCCGUGGGGGUGCCGCAGGACGCAGGCGAUCCCCCGUCGGCCCUGCAAAUGGCGCUCGAGCACCGGAAGCGAUCCAAAAAAUCCGGGAAGCGAUCGCUGAAUUCUCGCAGGGGGGGCGGUGGUCCCGUGGCCCGGUCCUUCGACGUGGGCGAGGCCGACGACGACGACGGCAACAAMAGCGGCAGCAACAACAACCACAGCGGGGGAGAAUCAGCAAAGCGAKCCAAGAAACGCAAGAAGGAAAAACGGAAGCGGGGACUGGGGUUUGGAGGGGGGCUGUCCCGGGUCGGAGACGGCGAUGACGACGACGAUGGCGACGGCGACGGCGAUGCACAGAGGAAUCUCCCGGCAGAAAGGACCAAUGCCUCCGUGCCGACCUACGGAAAGGAAGAACUGGAGCAACUCCGGUGCGAACAGCAGAAACGGCAGCCGGAGAAAGAGCCGCAGGUGGCGGAGGAUCCGCCACCGAACGCGAGACAGAGAGACCACAACGCCGGAGGAGAUGCAAGCAAYCCCCCCCACGCAGAAGAAUCCUUCAUUCCACUGGACGGCGGGGAUCCACCGGGGGGAGCAACGAUCGCGGACCAGCCCCGCGAGCCCGGGGGAAUCUUUUCCCCGGAUCCCCCGCGGGAGGAAUCGCACGCAUGGGAGGAAGCAAUCGAACAGCGAGCGGGCAUUCGGGCAUCCCACGGAAGAACGGCGUCGCGCCCGGAUUCGGGUUCCGCGCUGCUCUCGCUGGACGARCUCUCGCAAAAGCUCGCCUCGACCAUCGGAGCCAUCGAGAAGCAGAGGGAGGGCCUCGGGCACUCGGCGAACCGCCGCAGGGCGGACCGCGAACACGCMCUGGCCGAUUCGAAGGCGCAAGAGACCACCCUCGCUUCCACCGGCCGGGCCUGCGAGUUCUACCAGCGCACCCGCCUCGACCUCGCCCCCUGGGUGGGCGCCCUCCGGGACCUCGGCGARAAGAUCGAGCCCAUYGCGAAGACCUUCCUGGAGAUGCUGGCGGUCCAGUCCGGGGACUUUGRCCGGGGCUUUCGCUCGUGGCAGGACGACUGCACCGCGGCCCUCCGCGAGGCCGAUCGGCUGGACCGGGUCCUGGGGMGGCAGCCGGACGACUCGCUCCCGGCCGGAGGAACCGGGGCGGUCCUCGACGAGUUCGGCCGCGACCUCCGACCGCAGCACCUCCGGGACCGGGACGCCCGGUUCCGGAGCCGGGCCGAGCACCUCCGCGAGAUCCGCGGGGGCGGCGCCGACGGCGACGCCGGAUGCAUCGUCGCGUGCCAAGACCACGGCGAGGKGGACCGGUCGGAGGCCCUCCGYGAGGCACUGGGCGCGGCCCUAAGCGACCUGGACGACGGAUAUUCCUCCGGGGAGGGCUUUCGAUCCGUCUUUGACCGGUGGUUUGCGGCCUACCCCGAGGACUACCAGCAAUGCUAYGCGACGCUCAGCUUUGGGGAUUUGUACGCCGUGCUGGUGAAGCUGGAGCUCUGCCGGUCGGGGUUCUUCCCGGGCAUGCUGGUCUCGCCGGCUCCACCGRGCGAGACGAGUGGGGUGGCGGCGAGUGGYGGCACGCCACCGCCGUCCCCUUCCUUUCUGGACGCCGGGGCGUGUUUUGUGGAGGCAUCCGGGGACGCSGGGAGCAACAGAACGGAAAAAGACGMGGGCGGGGACGCCUCGAGCAGCGAAGCAACCAGAGCCACGGAAAACGAGGGCCGCCUCGCGAGAGUUGUCGAGAAAGCUUUGCUCCCGAUGCUGUGHGGAAUCCUGAAAGUGGACGACAAGGCGAGCGAAAGCCGCAGCAGCGGGGACGCCUUUGGCAUCUUUCUUUCUCCGAGGAAAUCCCUGGUGCUUUCGAAGCUAGUGGGCGAGGUUCGGUGGGGCUUGCAAUCGGCGCGGCACGCCARUGGGGGUCCGGGACACCAAAACGAUCCGUCGCCGGCGCCGUCCUCGGGCCUGGGACAGAAGCUCGAGAGGGUCAUCACCUCGGCGAUCCAAAACGCCCUGGACGGUGUCGCCAUACCCAUCGCGAGGGAUGCGGCCACCCAGCCGAACCUAUCCCCCACUUCCGCGACGGGUCUGGCGYCCUCCGAGGCAGAAGCCUGCUCGGUGAAAUAUACCACCACCUACCAGGUCCGGAUACUCCGACAGGCGCUCUGCAACAUCAUCCAGCACUGGCUCCCGCUGGUGUCGGUGGACGGCGGCGACGGGGAUUCUGCCGGUGCCGGCGACGCACCCGAAGACGCCAUCCGCGCCGUCCUUGGGUUCAUCAGCGACAAGUACCUGGUGCUGCUCUCGUCSCUCGAGACCGCCGCACACGACGAGGCGUCGCCGCAGCCGCUCUCCGCACGGGCGCUCUUCCAACCGAUCUGGGAAGCCCUCAACAAGGACGCGAGAAAGAUCAUCGAAUCGCCGUCGCUGAUGAUGUCGACGAUGCCCCUGAGAGCCGCGGCGCUUGCGUACCAGCUUCAAUAACAAAUCGAUACCCCGUGCCGGUUGCGGUGUGGUUGAUGGUGCCAGCGAUUGUGGGGGUUCACACUACCGGUGUUGCAACACGUGUAUCGGAUGGACAAUGAGUACUGAUAUAAAGAUAUUGUAUUACC